AUGUAUAACAAAUUUCGCCAUAAUUGGUUCAAUUAUAUUAAGAUACAACAUGAACUCUCUGAUCAACUUCAACAAUGUGAUGAUAAGGCUCAGUUAAUUCAUUUGAAUUAUCUUUAUGAAUAUGGUGCGAGAUGUCAAUUCAAUCAACAAUUUCAUCGUAUUUGGUUCGAAUAUUUCAAUCAACAUCCAAAUUUAUCAACACAAAAAUUGUCCCAACAAAUAACAGCUGUGUCAAAACGCGUGUUAGAUAUUGCUGUAAACAUAUUAUCAGUAUUUACUCCAAUAAAUAAUUAUGAAAUUUAUCUUAUAAAUCAAGCAACAUCUCCUAUGUUAUUACAUGAUUCGUUUGAACUAACUAGUAAAACAACUGAAUUUACUAUUGACACGAAGCAUCAUUAUUAUACAACAACAAUCAAUAGUGUUAUUGAUUGA